GCAUCGACUUUAAAGUUAAAACCAUCGACGUGGACGGCAAGAAAGUGAAACUACAAGUGUGGGACACAGCGGGACAGGAGAGGUUCAAGACCAUCACCACGGCGUAUUACAGAGGAGCCAUGGGCAUCAUCCUGGUGUACGACAUCACUGAUGACAAGUCCUUCGAAAACAUCCAGAACUGGAUGAAGAGCAUCAAAGAAAAUGCAUCAGCCGGGGUCAGCCGGAUGCUGUUAGGUAACAAGUGCGACAUUGAGGCGAAGCGGAAGGUUUCCAAAGAAACGGGAGAAAAGCUGGCGAAGGAUCAUGGGAUCAGCUUCUUUGAGACCAGCGCAAAGUCCAGCAUCAACGUGGAGGAGGUGAGCCGUGCCGGAGCCGCCGUAAGUCAUUUCAAGCUUUGGCGCAGGAGAUCCUACAGAAAUCCAGUAAGAAGUCGAGCCCGACAGGAAAGGAGGUGAAAAUCACCAGCAGUGCAGAGAAAAAGCCUUCAAAGUGCGUCGUUCUUUAGGUCUGAUCUGUGUGAGAAACUCCAGAAACGAAAUCAAGAAAAAACAAAAGUUUUUUGUCUCCAUCUGGUGGAUCAAGAUGUCAAACACAUCCAGGUGUUCAGUCUGCUUCGAAACCAAAACUCUACUUCGUUUUUAUAAGUUCGGAACAAAAACUAUGAUGCACCCAAAUUAAUUUAUCACUUUGUGAUCGUGCGUGCUUCAAAUUGAGCAGUUUUUAUGAUUAAUUGUAAUUACAACAACAAAAAUGUCCUGAAAUUGUUUCAGACUUACUAAAACUCUAUCUUUAAACAGCCACAUCUGCCUGCUUUCAGAAUUUUGUUACCAUUUCUCAUGCAGUAGCAGCUUAAAGCAGAUUACAGGAGGUUUAUUUUAUAAUUGCAGUGUUUUCGAUGUAUGCUAAGCAGGUCCGGCCCGUGGAAUAGGCAGUAUAGGCAAACGCUAAGGGCACCGUCCAUCUAGGGGGCGACAAAAAUGCGGGACAAAAUAAAAUACUUUAUAACUUUUUAUCAGAGUUUAUUUGAUUUUUAGUAAAAUGUGCUUCUCGUAGUUUU